AUGGAGGUCCUAGAAACCGAACAACGCACUACCAAAAGAACCAUGUGGACCCGCGUCUUCUCCGGAGGCGACAAGACCGCGACCAAAAAACCCUCCCAACCAGGCAAAUACAAAUUCUGGCAACGCACCGGUAACAAAAACACCAACACCCACGCCUCCAAAACAGGCACCAACAGCGCCGGCUUCAACCUGCGCUACUACCGCGAGCGCUUCGCCGAACUGCCCCGGCAGACACAGUUCGACCUGUACAUGGCCGGCAUGGCGCCGCUGAUGACCUACCUCGAGCACCGGCGCUUUAAGUCGCGCAACGCGGGGAUGCGUGUGUUGAAAGCGUACCGGCCGGUGCCGGUUAUGUAUGCCGCGCAGGAAGCGCCGAGCGGGUUUGCGGCGCCGCCGAAAAAUUUAAGGCUGGAGGCGAAGAUUGCGAAGGAGAGGGAUGCCGCGAGGGCGGUGAGGAGGAAUGGGAAGGCUACGGCGGCUGCUGCUGCUGCUGCUUCUGCUUCUGUUGCUACUGCUGCUGCUACUGCUACUCAUAAUAGCACUUCUACGGCUGCCGCAGGUACUACUGUGGGCGCGACGGGGGCGAAUGCGGCUGCGAAGAGACGGAAGGUAGUAAAGAAGAAGGAAGAGCAAGAAGACUCUGACGAGGAUGCGCUCCCCGCUUUUCCGACGCCGGUAAUGUACCAGCAGGAGAUGAAGAGGCAGACCCGGGUAGCAAAGGGGAAACAACAAUUACGACAGCAACAACCGCAGCAAAAACAGAGAACAAGACAACAGCAAACACCAGAAGAACUUCUACGAGCGAGACAACGAGCAAGGGAAUACCAAAGCUCUUACACAACGGCCGACCGCACCACCACAGCCACCACAGCCACCACAGCCACCACAACCGCCCAACGUCAACGUGAACAACAACUGCUCCAACGCGAACCUCUACAACAACAACAACAACCACGUCCGCUCCAACGCCAGGGCAACACAGCCUACGCCAAACCCAUCACAAACAGCGCGACGACAGCCGAAACAACCGCAACACCAACACGCCGGACAGCAGGGGUAACACGCACCGCAGCGACGGGUAAAACUCACCAGACGCUGCAGACGGCCCAGACAUAUCCUACUCGGGCUGUGCAUCGAACCGAGACGAUGGAUGGUUAUCCGCAGACUCGGGAGCAGGGUCAUGCUCAGGCUCAUACUCAUGCUCAGGCUCAUACGCAGGGUCAGGCCCAUACGCAGAGCCAGGGCCAAGUACAGAGUCCAAGGGUUCCUAGGGCAGCGAAUGUAACGAGGAGGGCGCAGGGGACGCGGGUGGCUGAUUCAGGGGUUGGGUCGUCAGGGCGGGUAUGA